UCCUCGCAAAGGUCAAAUCGACGCCGCUGAUAAGUCUCAUCUUCCUCUCCACAGUACCAAAGAAAGAGCACGAAAAUGUUGGAUAUCAAUCUAUUUCGUGAAGAAAAAGGUAACAAUCCGGAGAUUAUUCGAGAAUCGCAACGCCGGAGAUUUGCCAGCGUUGAAGUCGUGGAUGAGAUUAUCAAGCUCGACAAAGAAUGGCGUCAGCGUCAAUUUGAAGUUGAUAGCUUCAGGAAAGAGUUCAACAAGCUCAAUAAGCAAGUGGCGCAGCUCAAAAUUAAAAAAGAAGAUGCAACUGAGAUUAUUCAACAGACCGAGAAAAACAAACAAGAUUCUACUGCAAAGGAGGCAGAAGUUCGUGAAGCUUAUGCUGCUUUGAAAGCCAAGUUGGAGACAGUUGGUAACUUGAUUCAUGACUCUGUUCCUAUUGAUAAGGAUGAGGCUAAUAAUCUUGUGAUUAAACUGUGGGGUGAAAAGCGGUUUUCUACGCCUGGUCUGAAGCUGAAAAACCAUGUGGAUCUUGUUGAGCUUCUCGGUAUUGCAGAUACCAAAAGAGGUGCUGAAAUCGCUGGAGCCAGGGGCUUUUUCUUAAAAGGAGAUGGUUUGAUGCUUAACCAAGCUCUUAUUAACUUUGGGCUAACUUUCUUGAAAAAGAGAGGAUUCACAGGAUUGCAGCCUCCUUUUUUCAUGAGGAAGGAUGUUAUGGCCAAGUGCGCACAAUUGGCACAGUUUGACGAAGAGCUUUACAAGGUGACUGGUGAAGGAGAUGACAAAUACCUUAUUGCAACUGCUGAGCAGCCUCUUUGUGCAUACCAUCUUGAUGAAUGGAUUCAUCCGACUGAGCUUCCCCUAAGAUAUGCUGGUUAUUCGUCCUGCUUUAGAAAAGAAGCUGGUUCACAUGGAAGAGACACACUUGGUAUUUUCCGUGUUCACCAGUUUGAGAAAAUUGAACAGUUUUGCAUCACUAGUCCUAAUGAGAAUGCCUCGUGGGAAAUGCUCGAUGAGAUGAUGAAGAACUCGGAAGACUUUUACCAAGCGCUAAAGCUUCCAUACCAAAUCGUGUCGAUCGUCUCUGGAGCAUUGAACGAUGCAGCUGCCAAAAAGUAUGACUUGGAAGCUUGGUUUCCUUCGUCGGAGACUUUCAGAGAGCUUGUGUCCUGUUCCAACUGUACAGACUACCAGGCUCGAAGGCUUGAAAUCAGAUACGGUCAGAAAAAGAGCAAUGAGCAGACAAAGCAGUAUGUGCAUAUGCUGAAUUCGACACUUACUGCAACAGAGAGGACCAUUUGCUGCAUUCUCGAGAACUACCAGCGAGAGGAUGGUGUUGACAUCCCUGAGGUUCUGCAGCCGUUUAUGGGUGGAGAGACGUUUUUGCCUUUCAAGGCCAAGCCCGUAGUUGCUGAUACCAAAGGGAAGAAAUCGAAAGCUUGAUUGAUAUAUUAUGAUUAACGACUCUUCUGUUUUCUUUAAAUCGAUGAAACACUUCGAUAAACUUUCUUUAUUUUGUGGAAUCUUUUUUGGACUUGUGUUAUUUUACCAGGACCUUUUAUUUAUCAAUCUGAUUUCUUGUAGUAUUUUUUGCUUUUCUUUGGCGAAUUAUUGUUCUUGUUAACUUUUGCUUCAAUGAAAACUGGAAGACGUA